CUUUGUAUUUAACCAGGAAACGUCAACGAUUCGGCGCUAACAAUUUAGUUUCUUUCUCUUUUUUCUUCUGUGGGUCAAGCUUGGACGUCACAAACCAAUUGGAAAGCCUUGAGGGCCGGAUCCGACCCGCGGACCGCCAGUUGCGUGUCCCUGGUUUAUACAAUGGCGCUCUACAGAGUGUAACUAGAAGGUCCACUCCGUCAUUUGUUUGGUUUUGCGUCAAUCUCUUCUGCGCAUCCGUCAUUAUUUUGGCCAGACUAAUGAGAGAAAAGUUGUGUGUUCGGUAGCGUAGCUUCGAUGAGUACGUACACGCGCGCGCCGCUGAAUCUUCACCAAAAUAAUGGCGGAAUACCACGUGAUCGGGACCGAAAAGAUGAAAGGGCCGACUGGGAGUGGACCUACUAGUUAUACUAUGACGCUCUACGAAACGCGCGUAACGAACCUCAGCGACAUUUGUACAUGGCGUAAAUAUUGGUGAUUUUCUGCUUACAGGGAUGCCGGUUGAUUGAAGAUGGCCUCGCCGACACCGUCAGUGGAAUCGCGCGCAAAUUCCCUCGGGUCCCCGGUCUCGCUGUCCCCACUAACGGUGAGCGGCAGCUCGCCGCCUGCUAGCGACUCGGCGAUCUGCGACGUCGACAGCUGCGACUUGUGCCUCGACGCAAAGUCGGGCGAAGACCCGUGCCCGCGCUGCCGGCUGAAUACCAACAGUCCCAUCCGCUGCACCGGCUGCAAGUCCACGGAGGGCGUUGUGGCUAUCGCUGUAAAGCGCUGUUACAAUUGUGAUCAGUUUCUCUGUCCAAAUUGCGUGAUGGCCCAUCAAUUCAUGCUCUGCUUCGAUGGCCACCGGUUAAUGAACUUGGCCGACUCCAAGCUGGAGACCAUCGGCGGCGGUGGCGGUAACACGAUCACCGCGACGACAGAACUGCCUAAAAACGCGUGUAACGGCAGCAGCGGCGGAGGUGGUGGUGGCGGCAACCUGGUUAUCAACGGCACUGGAAACAGCAACAACGGCGGCAACGUGGAGAAGAUUCACUUCUGUGGGCGACACAAGCAGGAAAUAAUCAAGUAUUACUGCCGGAGCUGCAACGUGCCGAUCUGCAAGGAGUGCACACUGACGGAGCACGCAGGACCGCUGCACGACUGCGCCCACGUCUCGGAGGUGGGCACGCAACAGAUGGAGGUGUUGUCGCGGGUCGUCCAGGAGUGCCGCGCGAAGGCGGCAGACGCGCGCUCGGCGGUCAAAGCGACGGACCAUAACGCCGCGAUACUACAGGUGCAGUACCACAAGGCGCAGAACGAGAUCAACGAUACCUUCCAGUUCUAUCGAUCGAUGCUAGACGAGCGCAAGCAGGAGCUGCUGAAAGAACUCGACUCGGUGUUCUCGACGAAGCAGAUAUCCUUGAACGUGCUCUCCCAGCGGGCCACCGAAAUGGCGGACAAGAUGAUGCAGACCUGCGACUUCGUCGAGCGCGUAACCAAGGUUACCUCCAUCACAGAUUUCCUCAUGGUCAAGAAGAUUCUUGAGGCCAAGCUCCAGACGCUGCUCAGUUACACGCCGAACACGGAUAUAGCCAAUCAGACCGCGGACCUCGAGUUUGUCAGCAAUUAUCAGGCGAUACAGGUAGGGGUGAGAAACACCUUCGGUUACGUUCGGAGUAACAGUAACAGCGAGAACAACACCAGCUCGAUCGGCAAGCAGCCGCCUAUCGCCCGACCUACCGCACUGUCGAGCAACGGCAUUGGCGGCAGCAGCGGCAGCAACAUCAGCAACGGACCCGGAAGCACAGCCGGUUCCCUGAGCAGCCUCCUCCUAGAGCGAACUUACAGCAACGGCCUGAUCUCCUCCAGUAUGAAUUGCGGCUCGUCGUCGUCGCCCUCCUCGAUCGACACCGUCAGCAGCGUUAUCUCGAAACGUUUCAGUUCGGUUAACAGUCUCGGCCCGUUCUCCUCGACGAUCAGCGAUGUGAAUCUGAACGGCAUGAACACCAAUCCGUACGAGAAGUGGAGCAACGGUGGCAGCGACACUUAUCCGGUUGUGACGACCAAUGACCAUUUCGUGAUGCCGUCGGUAACCGUAGCGACGAACGCCCCGCAAGGCGAUUCCGUCCUUGACUUGACUUCGAAACUGAUGUCCGCCACGGCGAUAUUCCCGCCUAAGUCGCAGAUCAAACGGCAGAAGAUGAUUUACCACUGCAAGUUCGGCGAGUUCGGUGUGAUGGAGGGUCAGUUCACGGAGCCGUCGGGCGUGGCGGUGAACGCGCAGAACGACAUCAUUGUCGCCGAUACGAACAAUCAUCGCAUCCAGAUCUUCGACAAGGAAGGCAGGUUCAAGUUUCAGUUUGGCGAGUGUGGCAAACGCGACGGCCAGUUGCUCUAUCCAAAUCGCGUCGCCGUCGUCAAGACGUCCGGCGACAUUAUCGUUACGGAGCGCUCGCCGACUCAUCAGAUACAGAUCUACAAUCAAUACGGUCAAUUUGUGCGCAAGUUCGGCGCGAACAUCCUCCAACACCCGCGCGGCGUCACCGUCGACUCGAAGGGACGGAUCGUUGUCGUCGAGUGCAAAGUGAUGCGUGUCAUCAUCUUCGAUCAGACCGGCAACGUUCUGCAAAAAUUCGGCUGCUCGAAACACCUCGAGUUCCCGAACGGCGUGGUGGUGAACGACAAACAGGAGAUCUUCAUCAGCGACAAUCGCGCCCAUUGUGUCAAGGUUUUUAACUACGAGGGCGCUUAUCUGCGGCAGAUCGGCGGUGAGGGCAUCACCAACUAUCCGAUCGGCGUGGGCAUCAAUACGCAUGGAGAGAUACUAAUAGCGGACAAUCAUAAUAAUUUCAAUCUGACCAUCUUCACGCAGGAUGGCCAGCUGGUCUCAGCCCUGGAGAGCAAAGUGAAGCACGCGCAGUGUUUCGAUGUUGCGCUAAUGGACGACGGCUCGGUCGUAUUGGCCAGUAAGGAUUAUCGACUGUACAUAUACCGCUAUGUGCAGGUGCCGCCGAUCGGCAUGUAGAGCAGCGACGCGUCACGACGACGACGAUGAUCGUCGUGCGCCAGUGUCAACAUUCUUCAUCGUGUCAUCAUCAUCAUCGCCAUCAUCGCCAUCAUCGCCAUCGCCGUUCCUCGUCGUUCGACGAUCGCGGGGCCAUCGCGGUCUCAUUGGUCGUUGCUCUCAUCCACGUUCGCCUGUCUUCUAUCGCUUCAUCGCCAACGCCAUUGUCUACUCGUCACCUGCGAGACGUUUCACGGAGAACCGCCGACCAUGAGAAGAGCGGCGCACCAUUUGUUGCUCCACACGCACGGCUCUCGAGGGAUCGGACUCCCGAGCGAGUGUGUCGUUGACGCGGCAAGAAAUUCGGAGGCCGCCCCUCGCCGGAACUUUCCCGAGGCGCUCCUCUUGUGGAGGACUCUGCCGAACGAAGGACAUCACCGACGGUAUGCGAGAAAGCACGCGCGCGCCCGCGCGCUUCCCUCGAUAUCCUCCUCGCGUUUCCGCGAGCUGCUGUCCUCUUCGUCCCACGUGGACGAGCGGAAAGAGAGAGGAGAAACGCGUGAUGCUUUGUGUGUUUAGCCCUCGCGACGCUGGGCUGUCGAGGACACCCGUAAACGAGAGAAAGAGAGUGAGAGAGGGAGAGAAAGUGAGCGAGAGAGAGAGUGAGAGAGAGAGAGAGAGAGGACGUAUAAUCAACCCUGCCCCGACAAAUUCGCGCGCGCUCCUUUCUUCGCGCGUACGCGCCCGCGUAUAAGCGCGCGCGUACGCGAUAACUUACUUGUUAAUGUUGUUAUAAUACUGAAAAUACUGUUGUUGUU